GAGAUGGCAACAGUUGGAAUCAAGAUGGCAACGGCACUAGAGCUCAGCAGCACCGAUGUACAUGGCCUGUGCAAGAAUUAUCUGCAUCAGCAUGAAAUUCUCGACAGAUUCGAGAUUAUCAGCUACAAGCUGAAGCGCACAUCUGAUGCGCCCGCUGGAUUUCUGGGCAGUCACUUCAACCUGGAGGUGGUGCUGCGUCUGUCGGAAACUGUAGAGCAGAAGCUGAGCUUCUUUUGCAAGUCAGCGCCGGAGGGCAAUGCCACACGCAUGGAGUACCUUGAGGCCUUCGGCGUUUUCCAGAAGGAGAUCGUCGUCUACAAGAAGGUGUUGCCCGAGGUGCAGGCAGCCUGCACGGAGAUAGCGCCCAAAUGCUACUAUGCGGACAAGAACAUGUUGGUCUUUGAGAAUCUAAUCGAUCAGGGCUAUCGCAUGGGCGCCGAACGGGACGGCCUGUUCAACUUUGAGCAGCUGCACUGCUGUCUAAAGACCUUGGCCGCCAUGCACGCUGGCUCCAUCAUUAGGGAUCAAAAGAAUGGCCCCAGACAGCAUUUGGAGGAGAACGCAUAUCCAUCGAACUUGCCGCCAGAGCAUCUGCGCAUAGUCAACUUUAACCAGUCGUGUGAGGUGCUCAAGGAGUUUAUCAAAACAAUGCCCAAGUAUCAAAGCCAACUGGAUUAUAUUCUGGCCAACUUUACCAAGCGCAUGUCGCGCAUCUUCGAGCUGGUCAAGCCCUCCAAGACGCGCCUCAACACUCUGCUGCACGGCGAUCUCUGGGCCAACAACAUACUCUUUCAGUAUGGCAAAUAUGGCGAAACGCCGCUCCAGUGCCGCCUGGUGGACUUCCAGCUGGCCAGGUAUGCGCCGCCCGCCAUGGAUCUGCUGACGGUGCUCACCAUCCCGACGACGAGACAGUUUCGUGCUGCCUAUCUCAAUGAGCUGCUGGCCGAGUAUUAUCGUUUUAUGACCGAGUUUCUGAAGCGCGCCGGCCUGAACAUCGCCGACUUUAUGACAGUGGCCGAGUUUGAGGAAUCGGUUGAAGAGUAUCGCAUUAUCGGGCUCAUUGAGAGCUGUCUGUUCUGUCAUUUGGUUAUACUGCCGCCAGCCAGCACACAGGAGCUAACGGGCUCCGCUGACGGCUUUAGCGAUUUCUUUGAUCGCAAACGCAUCGAUAUCUGCAUGAAGGCCUUUAACAGCGAUCAAGUGUACAGAGAUCGCUUGGUCGACAUGCUAGAGGACUUUGUCGACAAUUAUGUUCUACAAUCUUAGUAAAUUUAAGCAGUAAUUAAUAUGAAAAAUAUAAUAUGUUCUUUAAGGAAAUUAUAUAUGUUUAAUUAUAUUUGUUGUAAUAUUGUCUUGGUCGUUGAAUGAAUGACCAGACCUGAGUGAAU